AUGAGUAACUCAGUGUUAGAAAUGAAUUUCGUUCGUUUACUAUACUGUACUGAAUGUCUAGCAGCACAGAAACAAUUAGGAACCACAUUCAAGGACUACGUAAAAACUCUUGAAACAUUUUUUAAUACAUUGACUUCAUCAAAUCAUCGUCCUUCUCCAGAGAAUAUACGUAAAUAUGAAAUAAGGCUAAAAAAGUUAAAACAGACUUGCGAUACAGUAGAAAAUUCGAAUGUACAGUCUAUUCAUCAUCAUCUAUCACAUAGUGAAAUAAUUGCAACUUCUAAAAUGAAUGAAACCUCUCCUGUUAAUCAUAAUGUCAAUAAGGAAGAUGUAAUGGCUCCUGAAAUAAAUAACUUAUCAUGUAAUGAAAACGAUACUAUGUGCUCUGAAAUAGACAAUCAAUCACUUAUUCAGGGCACAUUUACUGAUAGAUGUGAUUUGAUCGCAAAAGAACGCCAACGUAUAAAUAGAGAAUUGCGAGAGCAAUUAUUAGGUGGAAAUAAAUCCAGCGAUAAAAAAUCAUUAAAUCAUAGUAAAAAUGAAAAUCUAACUCAUUCCUCUGGACUUCUUCGUGAACAAGAAAUUCAACGUGAACAAUUAGCUUCAGAAAUGCUGCUAUUAACAACAGAUUUGAAAAAUCAAUCUUCUGCAAUGAGUCAACGAAUUCGCCUAGAUUGUGAAACUGUUGAUGCUAGUAUUGGACAAGUCGAGCGAAAUACCGCAAAUCUUCAUGGUGUAUUAAAUGAAUUAUCAUUAGAGCUUGGUUCCAAAUGUGGUCGAAUUGUAUGGAUUCUAUUUUUUAUUGCGUUAGGUUUAUUUUUAUAUAUGAUAUUAUUUAUGAAAAUGUUUCGUAAACGAGUUAUUCAAUCAAAUUCUGUUUAUUCUUCUAAAACAGAGUUAUAA